GUUACAAUUGAAUAAAUCUUCUCACUUCAAAAUUUUCAUCUUUAGUUCACACUUUGCUUCUAUCCUUUCUCAUCGUUCGGUUGGGUUUGAGUGCUGCCAUAUGCAAACACAACAAAAGGGUUAGCGACGGUGGUAGCCAGCCAAAGAGCAUAUGAAAAAUAGCAGUGACGAGGCAAAGGUUUCCACUUUGGUCCAUACUUUCUCUUGGUCCAAUUGUUGUUGCUACAAAGGGACAAAAGGCAAAACAGUCCACUCACAAGCGAAAGCGAAGACGAUGCAAAAAUUGUCAUUUGGACAUGAUAGACGAAAAUGUACUAAAGUGUGCACAGAUGCAUAUGAAACUCACAAUUAUGAUCAUGUUGGGGCACCCAAUUAUGUUGAGAAUGUAAAUUUGAAUCUGAUAGGAUCAUCCGAUGGCCUAUUGCAAUCAGAUUCACAGCAUGGAUGCAAUAAGGAAUUAAUGGAUAGUAAUUGGUUUCAGAUCAUUCCUCCUGGUCAGGCAUUAAUGUGGGCAUGCAAUCCUUCAUUAAUCCAAAGUCAUGUACAAAACACUAGCUUGUUAGGAGAUGAAAAGUAUUCAGCUUGCUUGGAAAAAAGUUUGGUGAUCAAAUUUCAGAUAUUGUUAGCAUCCAAGUGCUCUUGGGUUUGUAAACCAGAAAUGUCAAUCCAAACUGAAGCUUUUGAUAGUGAUAUCAGAGCCCUUGAUGCUGGUGAUCAAAUUCUCAAAUCAAGUUACUAGCCUUUUGAUUGCUUCAGAUUUCUGAAGCCAAAGUCUUUGUGCUCUAAAUUCAGUUCUUGGCCAUGUAAUCUUGUCAUGCUUAGAUAGCUAUAUCUAGUGUCCUGCCAGCUUAAUUUUGAUGCGUAAGUAUCAAUUAUUAAAAGUUAGAUUCAUUCUG